UAAAGUAGAAUUUAAAUAGGUAUAAGUAUCAGCUGCAGUGUCUUUCUAGGCAAUUUUAUUUUAUGUGAUUUUAGGUCCAUCUCGUCCAUUAAAACACCUCCGGUCACCAUAUGUCACACCUACAAUCCAAUGCAUCUAGAGGUUGUUGAAUGACCCCUCUAAAUCAUCAAAAACAGUCUUCUCUUAUUUUAUACUCCAUGGGUGCUACUUACAUGUUUUGACGAAUGUGAUCAUUUUUAAUGUUGUGUAACUUGUAUGACUGCAUAUCCAUCCUAAAAUCAGCAUUUAUGCUCUACCCAUCUUGUGUAUAUGUUGGACCCGCAACAUUCACUCCCGUAUAAUAUUGCCGUUACUAUUGUUCUAUGGAACUAGCCUUUCACUGGUAGGUAAAUCCUCCUAUUAAAUAAUACUCCUGCCGCAUUUUCCAUUUCAACCAUCCUAUUUUGAUUUUAUGGGUACUAUCUUCAUCAAUCAUACCGUUCUCUUAGAACAUCGAGCCUAGAUCUCUGAAUUGUUUACAUUUAGGCACCACAAUCCCCUCUAGUCUCAUCUCAGCAUCACUUUUUAUUUUUUGGCUAAAAUGUACAUUCAGUUGGACUUCUACUUAUUCUAAAACCUUUUCUCUCUAAAGCGCUUCUCCAUAGUUCAAGCUUUUAGUUGAUACCCUUGCAAUUUUUGCCGGUUAACAAAUUUGUCUGAAAAAGAUUGUUAGUUAGCUCAUCCAUAAGUAGGGUAAAGAAGUACGGGCUCAAUAUCGAUAUGUAGUAUGAAACAGUUAUGAGAAAUUCCUUUCUAUAUCGUACUACUGUCAAUGGUUCUUUUCAGCCAAUUAUUUUAAUUUUGUCCUCGUAGAAUUAACUUAUUUGCAUUUUUAAUUUUCCUUUCUCGAUAGCUAAAUAUAAUUGAUUAAGAAAGACUUUUAGCUUAUGUGUAUUGAUGUGUAUAUUUUUCUACACUAUCAUAUUAAACUAAUUUACAACAACCUAUUCAGAGUGAGUGUAAUAUAUUAACAUGAAAUAUGGAGUAAAUAAUUUAUUAUAAUAAGUUAAAAUAUUGAGAUACAGUAAAACUUCAAAUCAAGAGCAUUUAACUUUGGUUAAACUUCAGGAAUUGAAAUCACUUUUGAGUUAAUUGAACGUUAAAAUUAUUUAACAGGUACCAAAAAUUGGAAUAAUGCAAUAACUCAAGUAUUAAAAUUUUAUUUUUUCUAACUUUAAGUUUAAGUGAUCUAUCAUAAAAAGCAUCAAAUAUUGUGGUGGAGUUGUAACUAUUCUUCUAUCCUUAAUCAGAGGUCUCGAGUUCGAGCCAUGGGUGUGUGUAGUUGCCUUUGGUAGGGAGUAGCGGUGAAGCCACACUUUGGUUAGGGCGAUUAAUUGACCACCCUUUGUUGAAAAAUUUAUAUGCAAAAAUUAAACUGCGUAUAUAGGUAAAAUAUCAAGUUUUAGAGGUAUAUAACAUAUAUUGAACACCCUUUGCCAGGAAUUGUUUAUACUUCUUUCAAGUUUGAACACUCAUGGAGCCCUUUAUCCCACCAAAAUAGGACUUUCUAGUGCGAAUCCCGAUUUGCCUGAUCCUAAAGCGAGUACCAAACACUGGGUGGGAAACCAAAAAAAAUUUAUCAUACAAAAUUGAUUACAAUAUCAGCGCAUAAAAAUUAAACCCAAAGGAGUAAAACAAUCUCUUAAAAUUGUAAAGUAGUAUUCUCUCUAUAUUAAAGUUUAAGGGGUAAGUUUGAAACUUCUCAAAUUUCUCCUCAUAUAAUUGAAUUAUUUUCCUUUUCUGUUUUGCUUUCCUGAUCGCUAAAUCUACUUGAUUAAGAAAGUCGUUUAACAUUUGUGUAUUUACGUAUAUAUUUGCCUAGACUACCAUAUUGACCUGACUUAUAAGAACCAGUUUAAAGUAAGUGUAAUAUGCUAACAUGAAAUAUAGUCUGAAUAAUUUUCUAUAACAGGUUAAGUUACACAGAUACGGUAAAUUUCCAAAAUAAGAGGAAUGCUUGCAAGUAUAGAGUCAGCUAAUACAAUAUGUUACCAAAGAACCGACUUGCUUUAUAACUGCUACAUCUAUAAAUUCAGUUGUUUUAUGAGAGAACCAACAAGCUCUGCAGCUUUGGGAAUGAGAACCAGAAAAGUGACAAAGUGGUCAAAGAAGAUGGGUGGUGUGAAGAAAUGGUGGGGAAAAUGGGUAGAAAACUUGAAGAGGAAGAAGACAAUUAGAAUAAGAAGAAGAGCAGUGACGAAACAGUUGGGAAAGAAGGUGGUGAACAGGAGGGUGAAAGGAAGAAGAAUGAGAAGAAAACUGACAAAAAGAGUAAGAAGGGUAGUGGUUAUGUUACCAUGGAGAAGAAGAAUUGAGCAAAGGAGAAGAGAAUUGCAGGCCAUAAUUAGAAGGGGCAGAGCUGAAUGUUCAACAACAUGGAGAGAACUAGUAUAUGAAGACAAUAAUGCUGAUAUUCAGAGAUAGCUUCCUUCUGCAUUCUUCCUCACCAAAGCAAGUGUCUUUAUUAGUAUUUGAUAGUGUAUCAGUACUAAGCAAUUCUUGAAUUUAUCAUAUAGCGCGCAAAUGGUGGUGUAUUGUUUUUUCUUUAUCUUUAGUUUAACUGUUCUAUUGACCAUUUGCGAUAAAGUUUGCAUAGACUAAUUAGUUUUAUAACGUACAUUCAUAUUGCCAGAAUCCACUGUAAUUUGAGAUAGACCCUCAGUUUUAUAACGAUCAACUAUGGGAGAAUUUCGAAGACUUCCCUUCAUUAGGUUCUGGCUUAGUUGACAUAUGGACCAAGAUCUUAUUUUCUUUUUUCAUUGGAUAAUUCAGAGGAAAAUUAAGGACUGUAGUUCUUUUCAGAACUGGAUUGCUAGAGUAUUAGAUAUUCCAUUCUGAAUCUGCAGAUAUGUAAUUAAAUUGAGCUUUGCUCAAAGGUACAUUGUCCUGUUUUUUC